AUGGUCGGGCGACGGGUAGACUCAGACUCCUUCCUCAAGAGUAGCGCCGAGGAAUGCGUCAAGCGCCUGACGAAUCUGAGACAACGUGCCGAGAGAAGCCUUUCGUCUGACUUGGCGGUGUCGAAAUCGAAACGGAACCUCCUCGACGGUGUUAUCAAUGACGUGAAAGAUAGUCUCAGGCGACUGCAGGCCUGGAUCACAGAGUUCACCAAGGCGGACCAAACCCAGGAUGCCAACCUCCUCACGAAUGCAACGACACUCUUUGAGAGUCUCUCUACGGCCAUUGACCACGCAAUCACAAAUCUCGAAGCUCGUUUGAGUCAUCGUCGCAUGAAAAUCAAAGGCUUCGUACUACACAAAAGGUACGACCUCGAGGACAACCUCAGCAAAAGCCUCAAGAAUGUGAGCAACAUCAUUGGAGACCUACAAAGCGUUUUGCCUUUAGUCAGGGAGGCUUCCAACAAGCAGACGGAUCGAGACGCUAGAAAGUCUCGUGUUUUCCAGCAGACUUCCAAAACCAACAACGUCUUUGCGCAAGGGUUUCAAGAGAUCGAUCCGAUAGAGACGGAAGAUGUACAGGCAAGAGCACUGCAAAUGCUGUGGAAGCAUAUACCACGCUUGGAAGACCUAGAAGACAAAGCUGGCAAUCCAAAUGAUCAGGGUGACGGUCUCUACUAUGACCAGACCCACAUCGCCACAGCGCGCUCGAUCCUGGUCGACUUUCACGAUGCAUGGUGUGGCACCGAUGCUCUUGAGGCCUACCCUCCGUCUGAAGGCAUUAAGGAGGUCGCUCGCAUUUGCUUGACCCUUGCUGGCAUGCAGCAGGAAUUUCUCCUCGGUGACUUCAUCAGUAGUGGGAAGACAGACCAAAACCUCCCGUUCAAGAAAGAGCAGUUGGAAACAAUUUUACAAGGCAAGAAUGCAGACUACGCCGAUACAUUCUACACUGAACAGAUACGGGUAUCGCCAAAAGACUGGCCUGAUGGUGGACAUGCUGAAUUUGAAGCGGCAGAACCCUUGCCAUAUAUUUUUCUGCAGGGACCCAUAAUGAGAGGCGCGUACGGAACAGUGGUGAAGGUGAAAGACCUAGUGUCGGGGGAAACCUACGUUAGGAAGCAGCAAGUGAUACCACCGGGGGAGCAACAAGUCAACGAGGCCUGGGAACACCUGGAGCGAGAAUCUGAACGACUCAGGAGACUUAAACACCGACAUGUCGUUCAACUCGUCAAGUCAUAUCGUCGUGGUCGAGCGUUUGGCCUGAUCAUGAAACCGGCGGCAAGUGGGGACCUCAGAAUCUUUCUGGAUCGGUUUCAAGCGGACAAAUUCUAUUCCCAGGCGGGAUCUCGUGACUCAGUAUGGCUUCGCCCUUAUUUUCUUCAGGCCUUCGGCUGCCUCGCAUACGGCUUGGAGUAUAUCCAUGAUUGCAAGAUACGGCAUAAGGAUAUAAAGCCAGCCAACAUUCUCUUCCAGAAUGCCACCCAAAUCCCUGCCCGCUUUCUUUGGGCCGACUUCGGCUUAGCUUACGAUUUCAGUGAAACAGGCGACAGCAAGACCAUUAGCACAAAUUUAUAUUCGCCACGCUACGCUCCACCAGAAGUCGUCUCAAAUUGGCGGCGAGCUAAAAGCAACAAGGAGCGCAAAUCUAGCGUUCUACCCUCCGUUGAAGAAGUCAUCGACGAAGGCCAAGUUAAAAUGAAGGCUAAAUUCGAUCGUAGCCUGACCUCUGAUGACGAAAUCGAAGCUCACGGUCGCGCUGCUGACAUCUUCGCUCUUGGCUGCGUCUUCCUCGAGCUACUCAGUCGCCUCAUCAAGAGUGAUCUUCCGUUGGAUGUUACAGCACAAUUUGCCGACAACAUCGAUAACCUCUGCACCUGGGCAUCAUCCCAAAAGAAUCUCGAGAAGGCGAAGGAUCUCUGCCCGCUCUUCAACAUCGCUGCAGGCAUGAUUAGACGAAAGCCAGAAGACCGCUUCCAGAUCAGACAAGUAGUCAAAGCUGUCAUGAAGGCCGACAAAGCCUUCUCGUGCGAGCUAUGUCGACGCGAAUACGACAAGCACAGAUCCUCAAGGACCGUGCCCAAUUCUACCUCUAUUGCUACAUCUGUAGCUUUGCCGCAAGGGCCGGCGUUUGCGCUGCCACCUUCACCUGUCGAGUCAAUCUCCUGGGUCAAGAGAGUGAAUUCGGCCAUGUCCAACGGCGCCAUCUCGCCUGGAGCUUCUCGCAGGAGGUCUAUUUUUAGCGUAACCAACCCAACCACCCCGGAAUGA